UGUGGUGUUUAGGAGGACAGCUGAUCACUCCUCACAACUCAGACCAAAUUUCCCAUUCAAGUUUUAUCUCUCCCCUUACCAUGUGAUAAACAAUCAGGAAAUGGCCUGCAGUGCUGAUGGCUUACCCACAAGUGAGGCCCUCAGUCUCUUGCAUGAGGACAUCUCCAUCGCUUUGGAUGAAUAUCAGAAGACAGAAGCUGAAAAGAACAAAGGUUUUGGACCAAAGAGUGUUCUGUAUGAAGCCUUCCACCACAAGAGUAGUCUCUCUGUGUUUCAUUGGACAUCAGUGAUAGCGUUGAUCGUUGAAGGCAUCGUGCUGCUGGUGGCCUUCGCUGCAUGUAAUGACCCCAGGUACCAGCAUCUUCCUGCCGAGUCCUUCUUCAUUUUCUUAGCAGUAAUUCUUAACGUGUACUUGGUGUGGUGGGACACUCAGCUGAGGCACAAAGAGGUCCCAAGACUCACACACAACGUCUUAAAGGAUCUUAAAGAAUACCACGGCAAUGUGUUGUGGUCUGCCGAGAACUAUCCUCACCUCCACUCCCCCUGCAUCACCCUCCAGUGGACUCGUCGCGAUGGUAACACAGUCAACCUCCCUUGGUCUCUCCUGGUGCGUGGGGAUAUUAUACUCAUGAAACCUGGACAGAAAGUUCCUGCUAGAUGUAGGCCCAUGCAGAGGUGAACAACAUUCUGCACUAUAUCAAGGAUUUGAAGAAGACUUUGUUGUCGUGAUCUUACAAAUGUAUUUAAGGUAUCACUCUCUUAUGAACAUACUGCAGACUUUAUUUGUAGAAUCAUAUAUAUGUGAUUUUCAGAGGGUAAUUUUGUGUGAUCUGAAAAACAGGCUUUAUUACAUCCACUUCUGGUCUUGAUACUGAAAAUAUGUAAAAUUAUAGUCAUCCA